CAUCAAUGGUGAUGGACGCACCUGGCCUGUAGGAUCUUGCUGGCUUCGUGAAGAAGACACACAGGUCUCAUCCCCUUGCUUAAUAGUUGUGGUGGGGAUGGUGCUGGAAAGUGCUUCAUGAACCAUCACCUGGACAAGAUUGGUUCUGAAGAAAUGGGCCUAAAGGUGUUUCAUUGGCUGAAUCGGAGGAUGCAUCCUAAUACUGAGUACUGCACCAUUCAUGGGAACAAGGCCAUGGAGGAUAAGGAAGACUCUGUGCGUCAGAGUGUGGCUGAGAAAGACACUGAAGCCCUGCUGCUCCGUGAUGUGCUUCUUAACGGUAUACUUGCAAUUGGCACACUUGGACAUCACGUAGACUCCCUCUGUCCUGAUGCCUGCAUUGAAGAAGAUGAUUUCCUCAUCAUGGAUGGGGAGGAAGUAGUUGAGGAAGAGAAAGAUGAAGAGGAACCGAGGGAUGAUAAGGUCAAAGAAGAUGCUGCAUCGACAACAGCACCAAGUGAACCGGUAGUGCCUGUUGUUGAGCCUGCCAAGAUGCAUUCAUCGUCGAUGAAAGAAGACAAUUUCACAUGUUUCGUAACGGAAGAAAUCCUGAUGCAUGAGAUGGAAGAUGGGGGUGCUGCUAAUAUCCAGGAACGACCACUUCUGAUGGUAGAGAAAGUGGAGAAAGUAAGAACUACACUUGCUGAUUUAUUUGCAGCAGAAGCAUUCUCAUCUAGUGCUCCAGGGGAGAAGAAUUGCCAGGAUAUCGUCAUUGUUGCUGGGGCAUCCACUUCGAAGCCUACAUUGUGCACUGAAAAGAUGCACCAAAAGAAACCAAGGAAGCCAACACCAAAGCCACUGAAAGCCACAAGAAAAUUAAGUCGGGUCAUGAGGAAGAUGUUGGGGAAGAAGAUCCACCCAGAGCAGCUCAAUGGUCGUAGUAAUGCAGAGGGCCCUCUUACUGCAUGAUGCACUUAGUCUUGUCGACAAGUUUGCUUCUCUAUCUGGUUUCAUUGGAUCCCUACGACUCAGAUUCCUUGCCCGAGGGAAGCAUCCAUGGAAAGGUCGACCAUGUUGGAGUACCUUUUUUGUUGCUGUGUUUCGUCGCCAGUGGAGCAUGAAUAGCAUUCCGCCUUCUCCUCUAUCCUCUUGCUUAUUUGCAUUGUAAAUCAACUGUUGGGGUGUGUAUGAUCUUGUAAGAUGUCAUUCUCUGGCGCGCUGUCUGCGCCGCACUGUCCCGUCGUCGCUGUAUGUCAAGUCAAGAAAAUUAAUGAACCUCUCUGUUUAAUUAUC